AUGGGGGGCGAGGGCAUUGCGGACCGCCUGAGGGGCCAGGACAACUACCUGUUCGACCUCAGCCACUUCCACGACGUGCAGAGGGCAGAGGCGGAGGAGCGGGCGGAGCUUGAGGCGCGCCGCGCCGGCGGCCACGUCGUGCGCGCGGGCGUCAAGGCGGACCGCAACCCCAACAUGCCGCUGCUGGAGGGCGGGCACCGCACUCCGCCGCCGCCGCCGCCGUCGCCGGCGCUGCUGCCGCGGCCGCUGAGACAGACGGUGUCCGCCUGCGCCCACCUGGACACGCACCUUGUCAUAGACGCGCGCCUGAGGGGCAACGUCGCGCGCUUCGUAAACCACAGCUGCGACCCAAACUGCCUGGUCCAGACGGUGCUCUCGGGCUUUUGCAGGAGCCACGUGCUGUACUACGCCGUCAUCGUCACCGGCCAGGACAUCCCGGCGGGCACAGAGCUUACUUACGACUAUCAGUACACGCGGCUCACGCUGGAGGAGGCGGCGGCGGGCGCGACCGUCAAGCAGUGCCGCUGCGGCGCAGCCAACUGCGUUGGCGACCUGCUGGCUUGA